UUGCAGUCUCCGUGGCGUGAGAGAAAACCCCAGUGAUGGCCGCGGAGGCCUCCAAUUCAAAGCCGGGUAGGCCCGAAGCCGCCCGCGAUGGUGCUGAGACAGUCCCGACGCUACAGUACAGCCUCCUGCUGGAGCACCUGGUGGGUGACAAGCGCGGGCCGAGGCAGGCCCGAGCCUUCGACCCGGCCUCCCUCGGCGGCUUCCCGGUCCCGGCCAAGAGCGACGAGCAGAAGAUGAUCGAGCGGGCCAUGGAGAGCUGCGGCUUCAAAGCGACGCUGGCCUGCGUCGGGGGGUUUGUGCUGGGGGGCGCCUUUGGCAUUUUCACAGCCGGCAUUGACACCAAUGUGGGCUUCGACCCCAAGGAUCCAUAUCGCACACCGACGGCAAGGGAAGUCUUGAAAGACAUGGGCCAAAGGGGAAUUUCCUAUGCCAAGAACUUUGCCAUCGUGGGCGCCAUGUUUUCCUGCACUGAGUGCUUAGUGGAGUCUUACCGAGGGAAAUCUGACUGGAAGAACAGUGUUAUGAGCGGGUGUAUCACUGGAGGCGCAAUCGGUUUCAGGGCCGGCUUAAAAGCAGGGGUCCUUGGCUGCGGGGGCUUUGCUGCAUUCUCUGCGGUGAUCGACUACUACCUCCGAUAGCAGCUGGAGCCAGCAAAAAGGGACCUUCUGGGAUAAGGAGUGCGGGAUGCUUGGCACAACUAGCUUUCAUCUUCUUAGCAAGCAGGCAAGUGUUGUGCUUGGUGUCCCUGAAGGUAGACGCUGGACAUGUCUCUUCCCCCACCUCAGCAUGGAGCCCGUGGGCAGAGUCAGACAUCGCAGAGUCAGUCAUUGCUGGAGAGACAUAAUAGUUUUGAACUCCAGGGGUCACAGCAUACGCUCUUGAUUCCCCCCGUGCGUGGCUGCUUGCUGCGGCAAGCCGGCUGCCUGCUCCGAAAGUAGACUUGCGGGAUCGUUACUGGAUUUGACACGAGAAUAUGUAAAGAUUUUAACUUAUUCCAGGCGACUGUCAAGUUGUGCAACAACCAAAUAAAAUAAGGACAAUCCUUCAAAGGCA